GGUUUCCCGUAGCACGCCCUCCCACAUGGUCAGUCUGGCGUCGAAGUGAAGUAUUUCGGUUCGAACGCUUAAAGUUGCUGCCGGCGCGUCUUCGAACAGUCAUGUCUGAAAGUCAAGAGAUGUCCCCAGUUGAGAUGAAAGUGGCACGUCAAGUGGAGUACUACUUUGGGGACCACAAUCUUCUACGAGAUCGCUUCCUCAAAGAACAAUUGCAGCUUGAUGAUGGUUGGGUCACUUUAGAGACCAUGCUCAAAUUCAACAGGCUUAAAUCUAUUACCUCGGAUGCCGAUGUCAUCAUUUCCGCUCUCAAGAAAUCUACCACUGGCCUCUUGGAAAUCAGCGAGGACAAGACCAAAAUAAGGAGGACCCAAGAAAAACCUUUACCUGAGCUGACCGACGAGUACAAAGAUACUGUCAAACACAAAUCAGUGUACAUUAAAGGUUUUCCCUUGGCAACGACCCUCGAUGAGAUCCAGGAGUGGUUGAAUGGAAAAGGCAACAUAGAAAACGUCCAAAUGAGGAGAGACAUGGAGAGGCAGUUCAAGGGAUCAGUGUUCAUCUGUUUUGAUUCCGAAGAGUCAUCCAAGAAGUUCCUUGAACGCACGGAUAUAAAAUCCUUCAAAGAUAAUGAGAUGCUGGUGUUAUCAAGAGGAGACUACCAUGCAAAGAAAGCAGAGGAAAGAAAACAACACAAAGCUGAAACAAAAGCAAAAGUAAAACAGGAUAAAGAGCAGCAUCAGAAAAAUGUGGAGGAGAAGGAUAUGAGUGUGCUCUUGGAAGAACAUUCGGGUUCCUUAUUAAAAUUUUCUGGAGAGCUACAAGAUGUUUCCAGAGAGGACUUCCAUGAACUGUUCUCAGGGCACGGACGAAUUAAGUGGGUUGAUUUUACAAGAGGGGCCAAAGAGGGCACCCUUCUAUUUGACAAAAAUGCAAAGGAGGCAUUUGAGAAAGCCAAAGAGGCGAAUGAUGGCACGCUGAAAGUUAAGAACAACAUAGUUACAUGGCAGCUGCUUGAAGGAGAGGAGGAGAAGGAGGUCCUGAAGAAGAUUGUUGAAGCACAACAAGAUUCUUUCAACCGAAGCAGAGGAAAAGGAGGCAGAGGAAAAUUUGGCGGCCGAGGAAGAGGAUUUCGAAAGGGAAAAGGUGGCAGAGAUCAAGGCAGAAGUCAAGGUUACCAGGGCAAGAAGACCAAGUUUGACAGCGACGAUGAAGAUGCCCCAGCCCCAGCCCCAGCGCCCCCCAAGAGAGAACUUGAAGAUGCUGAUGGUCCUGCAGCAAAAGUGGCCAAAACUGAAAAUGGAUCUUAGUAACAGACAAGAAAUCAGUCAAUAUUUCUUUUGAACAAACAUUUAUUCUAUACAAAGGCAAACAAAAGUCCCGAUAAGACACUUCAGGCUUUGGAGAACCGUAGGAAGUCCACCUGGAUGUCAACCUAGAGAAGAGUUUGGUGUCACUUUUGUCUACUUCUUAAGUCCUUUCAAACUCUGCCAUAAGCACCUAUGUUUCUCUUAAGACCAUCUUUCUGCUUUUUGAUGGUAAUUUAAUUUCAAUCAAACAUUUUAGUUGUGUGACAAACCAGAUUCAGUUUGUCUAUAUUUUCCUGUAGACUCUCUACAUUAAAGAAUUGCUAUUUUUUACGUUUUAAGUGUGAAUUGCAAAUAAAUCAUGCCCAACAAAUGAACAGUUUGAAUGU